GCUCCUGUACAGUCUGCAGGUGGAGGUAUAUACGGUUGUGGUGACAUCAGGAGCGCUGGGGGAGGGGACAUUACUAUUAACCCCUUCAGGUCCACAAGGAAGAAGAUCACAAGAUCCAGAACUUUCUGUGUAUUUGUCUCUUUCUUUCUCUGUUGUUGUUUCUAUUAGCAGCCGCCAUUUCUCAUCGUCUCCUCUUCUUCCCUUCAGGUUUCUCCAAUCCAGGAUCCUCUGCUGAUAUCUUCUAUAUAAGAGAAUUCUCAUGGAUGACCCAUCAACCAUGGAGAGAGACAGGAACAAGAUGGCCGACAGGAUCAUAAACCUCACCCUACAGAUACUCUUCCGGCUGACUGGAGAGGAUUACACAGUAGUGAAGAAGUCCUCUAGUGGGCGCUGUCGGGCCCCUGUGUGUGAAGGAUGGGGAAGAACCCUGAGCCCAAUACCGGGGCCCCCACCUCACUCCCUGAUAUAUGAGGAAAUGGAUGAACAGAAGAUUCUAGAACUCAUCAAAAACAUGAUGGAGCUGCUGACCGGAGAGGUUCCUAUAAGGUGUCAGGACGUGGCGGUCUAUUUCUCCAUGGAGGAGUGGGAGUAUGUAGAAGGACACAAGGAUCAGUACAAGGAUCAGGUCAUGAUGGAGGAUCAGCAGCUCCUCACUUCACCAGUCAGAUCCAGUAAGAGAACAGCACCCGAGAGGUGUCCCCGUCCUCUUCUUCCACAGGAUGAUCAGGGAGAAGAUCUGAACAACAUUAAUGCUCCAGAGGCAGAUGUGAGUGGUGAUGAGCAGUAUAAGGAGAACAUUCCUACAGGAAAAGAUCUGAUCUAUAUUAAUGCUGCAGACAUAAAGGAAGAAGAGACAGAUGUGAGCGGUGAUGAGCAGUAUAAGGAGGAUAUUCCUACAGGGAAAGAGCUGAUCUAUAUUAAUACUACAGACAUAAAGGAAGAAGAAGAGACAGAUGUAAGCGGCCAUGAGCAGUAUAACGAGGACAUUCCAACAGGAAAAGAUCUGAACAAUAUUAAUGCUACAGUCAUAAAGGAAGAAGAAGAAGAAGAGACAGAUGUGAGCGGUGAUGAGCAGUAUAAGGAGGACAUUCCUACAGGUAACCGCCCAG